CCAACACUCGACAAGACGACAACAGACAUCAACAAAAUUCACUAAACCCCACAGUUUGUUCGUGUUUCAUACCACAAUUGAUUUCCUCUGAAGAGCUACAUUUUGCUUUUGAGGGUAGCAUUUGAUUUGUUAAGAAGAUGGGCAGGAGCAGGAGUCGAACUCCUCCGAGAAGAGAGAGAAGACGCUCCCGCUCAGCUUCCCGGGAGCGCGAGCGAAGGCGAAGGGAGAGGGAUCGCUCUCGUUCUCGAGAUCGGGAUCGUGAACGGCGCAGAAGUCGCUCACGGUCUCCUCACAGGAGACGCUCAAGGUCUCCUCCCAGGCGUCAUCGCUCCUCCUCCCUCUCUCCUUCGAGACAAAAGGACAGGCGUGACGAUGAUCGCAAAGACGCUAAGGACAAGUCCGCAAAGCCUAUUCAGAUCUCAGCUGAGGAUAUGAAGGACAAGACAGAGGAGGAAAUUGAGAUGAUGAAGCUGAUGGGAUUUGGUUCCUUUGAUACCACCAAGGGGAAGAAAACUGAUGGAUCAGUAAAUGCAUAUGCUGUCAACGUCACCAUGAAAAGAAAAUACAGGCAGUACAUGAACAGGAAAGGUGGAUUCAACAGACCACUGGACUUCAUCGCUUAAAAGUCUCAACGACUUGUCUCCUGAGUUUACCUCCCCUUAGAGUUAGUAGAUGGUAUUGUGUUGUUUCUCGUUACAUCUAACUUGUGUGUGAUGCAACAAUUGUGUGUAUAUACCUUUUCAUGAGUAAAUGCAUCAAUGUAAAUAGUAGUACUUGGAGUAAGUCACAGCAGAGCAUUGGUAGGAGCCUGAGCUAUAUGUUAAGAUGCAUUGUUUUAUUUGAAAUAAAAUAAAAGCGUUUUGCAAAGAAUA